CCCCCUCAAGAAAAAGACCUUGGACCACCACUUUCUUCACCUUGAAGCCUCCUACGUCAUCUUCAAUUAUAAAACUGAAUAAAAUGCAAUAUAAAGCCAAAAUCUCAACCACCAAGUUCUCUGAAAAAAUGGCUUCAACAGCUCCAAUCGCAAUAGGUACUAGAGGCACUGUAGGAUCGCUUGUGAGGAAGGAAAUCGAGUAUUUCACCAAGCUCGAGCUAGACCGCCAUGGAAAUUCAGGCAAGCCCAGGGGGCCCCAGAUUCUAGAUAUGGCUUCUAGUACUACUUCUAGGCGUGGUAACAAUGGGAACAACUCUUGGCCCAGUUUCAGGUUCUUGAUGAUUAUGACUUGGAAGAGGAGAAAACAGAGAAGCACCUCCUGGAGUUUCAUUCCGAGUUUAUGCUCUGCUUCAGAAGUUGAUGAAAGAAAUCGGUUAAAUGGGGCUCCUGGGUUCAAUUACAGGAUUCUUAGAGACGACUUGAGAAGCUUUGAGCUUUAAAAUAUGGUUUUUCUUCUCUCAUGAUGGUUCGAUGGCAGUUUAGAUAGAUCAAGAUUCGGUCUUGUGAGAGAUUUAUCUGUCAUUUCUUGCCAGAACGUACUCAAAGGGUUCAUUGUCUAUGAACUUGUUAUGUACAUUUUCUUUCAAUCUUUGUUACAGGGUUGUUUGCUAAAAUUAUAUCGAUCAACAAAAAAAAAUAGCAAAACUGAAAAUAAAAACUAAAGGUUUCACUGUUAUUCCUUA